UCCCCGCGUCCGCACGCGGACACCGGGAGAAGUCUCCUGGCUUUUUCUGUGGCAUCUCCAGUGACAGCCACGGGCUCCAUUCCCCGUGCUGUCGGAGACAGGAAGCAAAGUUUGUCAGGAGCCUCGGGGGUGACUUUGCCUCGGGGAACCCGCAUUUGUGCUUGUGCGAGGCGCCUCGGGGUGCGCGGAGCUAGUAGCCGGUUUCCCGGGCAGUGGCGCCGCGCUCCAUCCCUUCCCUGAGCCCCUCCAGCGAUGGUCUAGGAAAAGUGGGGACAGGAACUCGUAGUGGAGAUUCGCAGGCGCCGGUUCCCCGCCCUGGGGAGGGACGGAGCCCCGGAGAGCUUGUCAGUGAGAGCUGGAAGCAGGUUGCUGGGCUCAGCACCCCUAACGCCCCAAAAGGCAGGAUCUGGGUGGGGAGGCAGGGCGUGUGGUGGGGGACAGGGGCUCGGAAGCUGCUUGAAUACUACCCUGUGACCGCGGAGAUGAGGGAACAGCCCUUACUUGCCUGAUUCUCCAUGCUGUGUGGUUGUGGAAUGCAAAAGCCAGGACAUGAUGGAAACAGGACUUCAAGAUCCUUUCAGAAUGCCAGAGAGAAGUUCUCCCAGGCGGACCCCGCAGAGUGUUCCUUACCAGGACCUCCCUCACUUGGUCAAUGCCGACGGACAGUACCUCUUCUGCAGGUACUGGAAACCCACCAGCACACCCAAGGCCCUCAUCUUUGUGUCCCAUGGAGCCGGGGAGCACUGUGGCCGCUACGACGACUUGGCUCAGAUGCUGGUGGGGCUGGAGCUGCUGGUGUUCGCCCACGACCACGUUGGCCAUGGACAGAGCGAAGGGGAGAGGAUGGUAGUGUCUGACUUCCACGUUUUCAUAAGGGAUGUGUUGCAGCAUGUGGAUAUCAUGCAGAAAGACUACCCCGGGCUUCCUGUCUUUCUUCUGGGCCACUCCAUGGGAGGUGCCAUCGCCAUCCUCACGGCUGCAGAGAGGCCCAGCCACUUCUCCGGCAUGGUUCUGAUUUCGCCUCUGGUUCUUGCCAAUCCUGAGUCCGCAACAACUUUCAAGGUCUUUGCUGCGAAAAUCCUCAACUUUGUACUGCCAAACCUGUCCCUGGGCCCGAUCGACUCCAGUGUGCUCUCUCGGAAUAAGACAGAGGUCGAUCUUUAUAACUCAGACCCCCUCAUCUGCCGGGCGGGGCUGAAGGUGUGCUUUGGCAUCCAGCUGCUCAAUGCCGUGUCGAGGGUGGAGCGUGCCCUCCCCAAGCUGACGCUGCCCUUCCUGCUGCUCCAGGGCUCCGCCGACCGCCUGUGUGACAGCAAAGGGGCCUACCUGCUCAUGGAGUCUGCCAAGAGCCAGGACAAGACACUCAAGCUUUCUCACAUCCAGGGUCCUAGGGCGGGUGUGGUGCCUGGCCUCCCUGAGCCUGGCUUCGUGCACCAGCAGCAGCUCCCGAGAGGUCACUGCCCCUGGGAGCUGGGGAUGCAAAGAUCUAUGAAGGUGCCUACCACAUUCUCCACAAAGAGCUUCCUGAGGUGACCAACUCUGUCUUCCAUGAAAUAAACAUGUGGGUCUCUCAAAGGACAGCGGUGGCGGGAGCAGGGUGUCCACCCUGAGCACACUGGCUGGGUGGCUGUCCCUGGCCGGGGAAGCGGGCAGACAAAGGGCAGAAGCUGGCUUCUCUGAUGUGGCUCGCCAAAACAAAUCACAAAUUGGAGGAAUCCCUAGCAUAAUUUACUACCAAAAACUAUAUAUAUUCUUGUCAUAUAUUUGGCUGUCCACCACCAGACCCACCUUGAGGGGUAGACAUUUUAUCCCAAAACAGAGAAGGGUCACAGGCUGUGUCCCAGAAAGGGAAUGUGCUGAAAUGUCCUCAAACCAAGCAAAGCCUCUGCCCCACCUCUCCCAGCUCCCCCAAGAUUCCCAGGAAUUCAUGGUGUGCCCAGGGCCCCUGGCUGCAAUAACUGGAGGAUUGUCCCCUCCAGCACCCACCUUCCCCUUUCCCCCCAGAUGGCCUUGCUCUGUGGCCUUUCUCUGGCCCCGUGCGGCCUCACAUGCCCUCUGAGGCCCAGAAUAUGCACAGUACUUCCUCAAAACGAGUGCCCACCAGUGACCCGUGUCAGCUCCUUGCCAGGGGGAGCAGGGCUUCGGGAAGGGACAGGCCUGGCCCUGAGACAGCUCAGCAGGGACCUGCUCCUUCCUGCUGGGCGGGAGGUGCCUGCCAAGUGCUGUAUAUAUUCAGGCUGCCUUUCUUCACGUGACUAAUUGCCUGCUGCUCUGAGAGGACAGUUGUAUUGAAGAUGAAAUGUCUAAUAUAUAAGGUAUAUUCUAAAGCAGAGACUAUUUUGGUGGGGGAUGGGGUGGGACCCUGGGGGAGGGGCUUGAAGGCACCGGAGCCUGAGGCCCCGGCCCAGAAGGGGGACAGGCUGGCCAGGGGGCCCUGUGCUCCCGGCGUGACGGCGGAGUCCCUGGGAAGCAGGGCCCGGGAGCACCCGCAGUGGCGGCCUCGGGCCGUCCCCGGUCCCGCCCACCUGGGCCCACAGCGCCGGGGGCCUCGCUGCUGGCCGGACAGCUACCCCUGGUGGCAGAAGACAGUCCCGGCGCUGUGGCCCGGCCCAGGCACCGCAGGGCUGGCGCGGCCGGCUGGCAGCUCCCGGCCACCUUUCUCAGGUGCCGUCCCCACCCUGCCCGCCCUUAGCCCUCACGUAGCGCCAGCAAUAAACAGGGGUCAGCGCCCCCCGGAGCUGUAUGGCCACCGUCUAACGGGCUCUCUGUUACCUCACGCGGCUCCUCAUGCAGAGGACUCCGGGCGGGGGCGGAGCCGCCUGCAGUCCGCAGGGGCCCUACCGGGCCCUCCGUCAAGGAGGCUGGGGCCCCACUUCCUCCACGGGCUUCCCCCUCAAGCCCUGUGCUUCUGGGGCUUCUUCAGGUCCCCAGAGAGGGGAGCCCCUCCGCCCUCCUUCCAGGAAUCGUGACCACACCAUGGUCCAGCCAAGAGCUGGUCACCUCCUGCUGGUGGCCCCUGGUCCCCAGAUGAAGGUCACGUUUGCCGGGGGGCCAAGGUUUGUGUUUCCCACCCCCCAGAAAGGGGCAAAGCCUCGGCACCCAGCCCAGGUCCCACGGAGAGGGGCGCCAUAGCCUCAUCUGACCUCUCUGGCUCCUCUUUGGAGGCGAGAGAUGCGGAAAACGCGCCGAGAGGGCUGGACGCCCACCUGCUCUGCUGGGCAGCGGUGGGAAUGUUUCUCAGCCCAGGACAAGCCGAAGCUCCACGCACAAAUCCCAGCCCCGAGACGCCCCCAGCCCAGAUCUGGGACUCUGCCUGGGGCUGUGCUAGCACAUGCCACACAAGCCCCCAAGCCUCCCAUCUGCUGCCCAGAAGCAUGUGGCGGCCACUCCGCUCCCCAAAUUAAGUGUCAGGCCCACAGUUUGACCAGGUUGCUUGCAGGUGCAUGAACUUAUAUGACAGCUCAUACAGAGACAAAGUCAGCCAUAUUUACAUAUCUGGUUAAGUAAUAGCCUGUAUUAAAAAGAAAAAAUAUUUGAAACUGGGACAGUCUUGUAAUCUAGGAGAUGGGACAGGGACAUGGUCAUGCCACGCCCACCCGCUGAACUUGGGGUGGGCCUGGGAGCCAGACACCAGCUGUAACUGGAGCUCACACAGGACCCCUCCAGGGCAGCGUGGCUCUCCCAUUCUUGGAAAGCUGAGCAGGUCUUGAAUUGAGUUUUUUCUGAAUGUUGGCAGCUCCAUGCGGACCUUUGGAGCUUUAAGGUCAUGCCUUCGCCACGGCACCGCGGAGAUGGGUUUGGAAGGGAAGCAGGGACACACAUGGCCUGGCCUUGAGAAGGUGGGAGGAGGGCAAAGGCUAUGGAGUGGCCCUGGGGGUGCAGCUGAUCUAAACCCAGGCUGGGGGUUCCGGCAUUUCAGGACACUUGGCCCAAGCACUGGUGUGAACACAGAAUCUUCUCCUGUACCUCAGAGGCCGCGCUGGUCCAUACAGAAGAGGGGUGGAAUGCCUGCAAAUCUUUUUAGGAAAAGAUGCCACCUGCAGCCAGUGAGGUCCAAUCCACCAGGCCCAUUCCUUUGCUGUCCUGCGGUGACCCCAGCCUCUCCCUCAGCUUCUGGGGGAUGCUGGGGGUCACGGGGAGAGCACAGGAUUCUAUGAAAGCCUGCCAGGCUCUGCUCAGCACCCUGCAGCAAGGCCCACACUACCGCUAACAUAAACCCAUCAGGAUCACCGUGAUUUUCCAAGCAGGUUAGUUUGCUGUUGUCACUGAAGCUCAGCCACGUCCCUACAUGUAUACUGUUAGUGGGGAUGUGGCUGUCAGGUUAGGUGUAUUAAAGGAACUGAUGUAUACCACAGCUAAUCCUAAUAAACCAGAUGUUUACUGAA